GAAAUCAAACAGCAAACGUGAACAAACGUCAUCUUGAAAGCAAGCGUAAACAGCGAUAUUAAAUUUAAAAUAGUUUCAUUAACUUAAUAAAACCAGGAAUACAGAAAAAUAAAAUGUAUUCCGUUCUCACAAGGGGGAAUGGUAUAUUAACAUAUACGCUAAGUGUGUUAGCAUGUUUAACAUUUUUAUGUUUUCUUUCCACGUUGACCGUGGAUUAUAGAACUGCUGCUCAAAUGAAUACGGUAAAAGUAGUCGUAAAAAAUAUUGCUGACUAUGGAGUAUCCAGGGAAAAGAAUGAUUUAGGAUAUUUAACAUUUGAUCUCAAGACAGAUCUUUCUAGUUUAUUUAAUUGGAACGUUAAACAGUUGUUUUUAUACCUUACUGCUGAAUACAUCACUCCAGCAAAUGAAUUGAAUCAAGUAGUACUAUGGGACAAAAUUAUAUUGCGAGGAGAAAAUGCAAUUUUAGAUUUUAAGAACAUGAAUAUAAAGUACUAUUUUUGGGAUGAUGGGAAUGGUUUAAAAGGUCACAACAAUGUCACAUUAACACUUUCAUGGAAUAUUAUUCCUAAUGCUGGACUUCUUCCCAACAUUGGAGCGAUUGGCCAACAUUCAUUCAAGUUCCCCACAGAUUAUACCCAAACUCGUGUAUGAUCAUAAUACAGGGGUUUUAAAGAGUUCUAGUGAUUAAGGACUUGUGUGUUAUUUAAUAUAAAAGUAAUAAAAAGUU